AUGAAUCGUGCGUCUAGAUCCAGUGAACAGCUUCUCUCGCAGCGAGUUACAGCCGACGAUCUGGCGAGUCAACCUACGCGGCGAUCACUUCCGCGUUUAGCGGCGGAAUCCGCGGAAUCGCCUCGCGACUCAGCAAUACAUUCUACACACACAUCCCCCGCUCUCUUCCCCCUGUUCCCCCCUCCCACUCCUCCUUUUGAGACGUCUCAAAAGGUGGCGGUAGCCGUUAUCGUGCACUACUGGCUGGAUUCCCUCGCUCAUGAGCAAGUGCGGAUACUGGCAGCAUCAGCAGCGGCAAGCAAUCAAGCCACACUGCGUGAACUAUCACACCUCACAGCCAGCCUCAAAGAGUACGAGUCUCGACCCCUGCCAGGCUGCAUUCUCUACGUGGACGACCGCUCUCUCAACGCAAACCACAUAGCAGGCCCCUGGCCCGUCCCCCCCCUCUCCACUACCUCCUCCCCUGAUUCUGAUUCUGAGUCUGAUUCUGGCUCCUAUCCACACAACUACAUGGAGGAGAAUGGGGAGAACAUGCCCUACUGGGCUGCUUCAAAGAUCAUCAACCGGGCCUAUGCACGCAAGCAUGGGUACCGAUUUGCAGUCAUGGAUCCGACACGGUACCAACAAGACCGGCACUCGUCAUGGUUCAAGGUGCUCUUCAUCCAGGAGCAGCUCACGUGCUGCUGCCGCUGGGCCUUCUGCAUUGACUCGGACGCCUAUUUCCGAUUCAACACUCACCAGCUCUCUGUGGAGUCCUGGCUCUCGCAGCUUCAGAUCGAUGGCUAUUUCGACUGGAUACCCAAGGACUACGGGGCUAGUCUGGUAAACCAGACGCACUUCCCCCGCGACCCUGCCACGCUCCUCCUCCCUGACGACGGCGAUAAAGAUGCAGUUUUCGCGCUCUUCCCCCGGAACGUGGACGACCGCUACUCGCAGUACCCACAUGCCCGGGCAGAUGCGCUUUUCAACCCUGAUCUCGAGUUCAUCAAUGCUGGAGUCUCCUUGUGGAGACGGUCGGCUGCUGCAAUCGAGGCAUUGCGCGUUUGGUACAGGGAGCAAGAGGAAAGUGAAUUUCUAUGGGAGCACCCUUGGGAACAACGUCGCCUUGCUCGGUUGGCUGCCUUUUAUCGCAAAAACAUGGUCAUUGUUCCUUUUUUGGAACUCACUGGCCCGGAUGGGCGCAUGGUUCGGCAUUUUUGGAAGGGUAUGGAUAAUCGGGAAGAGAUGCUUAGAUUGGCUGUUCUUGGUUCUGUGGUGGCACAUGAAUUAUACAAUUAA